AUGGAUGAGGAUAGAGGUGACCCCGAUGUGAGGAUAUCGAGUAUUCCCGAUCUGUUUAGUAUCCUAGUAAUGCAGAGUGACAAGAUGAUUCAGAAUGAUGCGGAUUUGUACGAUCAUGAGGACAUUGAUGAGAACAAUCGGGAUAAUUCUGAUUUUAAGAGUGUUCCCGCCAAGAGACCUCGGUUGGAUAGUGAAGAUGAAGAUACAUACAUUCGAGUAACCUUUAUAUCGAUUACUCCUAAGGAAAUUGAACACAUCAUCGAACGUGAUUAUUUCCCUGGAGUAGAAAUGCCCAACGACAUCUCAUACAUAGAACCAAUGACUCCUGCGGAUCUACCAAGUUCAAGAAGAUUGUCAACAGGAAAAUUAGAUCUGACAAACCAAUCAACCAUCCCAAAACACCCAAAGUCUCUCUCUUUGUCCCUGGAUGACUAUUUAUUGAAAAAUCAAAGUGAAGAUAACGUAGUUUUCUCUCAAAUGCUCAAAUCUUCCAAUGCAGAGAGAGAACGUCACCGGGCAAUAAUGAUCGAGCCAGGAAAGCCAAUUCCAGCCCUAACAAACCCCCUCCACUUCGUCCCAGACGGAUCUGAAUUAACUAACGAGGAAAAGUCCCAGCACGAGCAAACAAAGCAAAUAAUAUGCAAAAAUUCGACUCGUUUUUCUGCGGAUUUUGUGAGACAACAAAACCGACGAAGCACAGUGGCAGAAGGAACUUUAUUGGACAAUUCCAGAAAGUCUUUGAGUGGACGAAUAGGACCAGAUGGGCGGGAAAUUAUUGUAUCGGAAGGGGUGGGAAGAAGUGGAUAUCUCCCUACACCUUCGCCUGUUCCUGGUAAUUUGUGUUUGUUGACUGAUUUAGGUGUUGGUGAGUCGCCGAUUUUGUGUUGGGGACAAAUAGACGGGACCCCGAUGAGAUUGGCAGGAUCGACACCAAUUCGAGAAUUUAAGGUAUUCUAG